UUCGAAAGGUGUCCAGUGAAACGGAGAAGAGUCUCGAGAUAGGUGGCUCCGACCUUGCUCUACAUUCCUCCGGUCCGAGCGAAAGACUUGUAAAAAGAUCGAGUGGAUCGUCGGUAUCCGAGAGAUUCUCGAGGUCCGUCGAGGAGCGUCGAUCGGUGGUUUUUCCGCGAACGGUUCCUCGAGCAACGGAAUCGGACUCUCGGUGACCAAGCGUGACAGCGGGGCUCGUCUCUCCCUCUGGUCUCUGCCAAUCAAUAACCCAGCGCUCCGAGUCGCUCGCGGUCGGUUCUCUGCCCCCCGCUUCCCCUCACGGUGGUCUCGAUCCGUCGCGUCGGAUCGUCGGGCGGAAAAAUCGUCCAGAUGCGUUGAGAGAGGUCCGCGGGCAUUACGCGCGAUGCUCACCGGUUUCCCUCUUCCGUACGACUCGUUGCGCUCCUCUCUUCUUCCCUCUUCCUGAUCCGCUCCCCUCGGUGCCGCGGUUCCGUUCCAGCCGCCCUUCUAGGCGUCCGACCGCCUCCCACCGCGGGUCAAACCGACGGAGGGAACGCGCCGCGACGUCGAGCCAGAGGCGGCGGUAGCGGCGCUCUAGCCAGCCGCGCCAGCGCCCUGCGGCGGCUUCAAACGUACACGAACCUAUUUAUACGACGUCGAGCGUCGCCGUGAACGACGCAGCGAGAGCAGCGCCGGUGCUGGGCCGCCCACGCCGAGCAACAAGCCCCGAGGGAAGCGAGCCGACGGGGGCAGCCAGGAGACACCCCGAUCGACGCGGAGGUUCGCUGGCCCUGAUCGAUGGACGCCCAGGAGCCGGACAUCCCGAUGGGACUGGAUCGCCGCGACGGGUGUCGGGAGAGCGCCGCGAGCGGUGCCCACCCAUAGGGGACGCCAUUGAGAGCCUCGCCAUCGUCUUGUCCUCUGACCCGGGUGCUGCUGCUGAUCCACCCUCCCGCGUACCGUUUUUCCGUAAUCGCGAUCCGAUAUCCGCGUCUUGGACCCGCGGCUGGCUGCCGAUCGGUGGAUGGGGCCGGGUCGCCACGGUCCGUUCGGCAGUCGUUGAAGUCGUGGCCUGCUGGUAAUCGUGGAAGGCCAACGGCGUGAAAGCUCGCGGAGCUUUCGGGCCUGGACGUACCGGGAGGCGGGAAAUGGCUGGCGGCGUAUGAUGCGCGAGACGGAUCGUCUGGCUGGACCUCGACGCGCCGAUUCGAGUCGGUUCGAGACGAAGAAGACGAGACGGUCGUCCUAGCCUGGGGUAUUUUACGCGAGUGGGUUCCUGCUGGUGCCGCGUAUGUGUCCGUCCGUGAGUGCGUGAAGAGUUCGGUAGUAUCGAGGUGCAGGAAGAAUGCAGCCGCGUUUGGGCGAGGCCCGUAGAGGCCUUGGUCCCGUCUACGGACCGGGAUAAAGCCGAUACCGCGGGAAGGAUCAUCCGGGUGAACUGACUGGUCGCGGGUGACCGACGGCCGACGUUUCGCGUACACCGUCCCGGUGAGCCCAAGGUGCACAGAACGCGGGAAGCGAGCUGGACUCGCUUUCGGGCGCAUGGAACAUGAUAGAGAUGUCGAGCGGAAUCGGUGCAACUGCAAUGGGGAUCGGCGUUAGUCACGGGACAAGCGGCGGCGAGGGUGUCGCCGGUGGUUGCCGGCUACGCGCCCAGAGCCAAGGCCAGGCGUCCGGGUCCUCGUCGCAGCACAGCAACCCUCAGCAGUCCGUGCAGCAGCAGCAACAGCAGCAACAGCAGCUGCAGCAACAGCAGCAGCAGCAGCCGUCGUCGCAGCAGCAGCCGCAGCAGCAGCAACGCCAGGGCUCCGGGAUCAUGGGCCGCUCGAAGAAGGACAACUGUUGCCUGUGCUGGUGCUGGUGCUGUAGUUGCUCGAAUAAAUGUUUGGCGGCGGUGGGUGGCAACUCGACGGGUGCAGGUGGCGCUGGUGACCAGGGCAAGAAGAAGGGCAACGCGAGCGGCAGCGGCGACCACGGGAGCGGCGUGGGUAUCAGCGUGGAGCUGUCCGGCAGGGGGAACGGCACCGACGGCAACAUGGAAUGCAGCCUGGAGGAGGUCAGGUCUUGGGGCUCGUCCUUCGACAAGCUGAUGAGGAGCUCAGCGGGUCGCGAGCACUUCAGGGAGUUCCUCGUCAGCGAGUACAGCGAAGAGAACAUUGCCUUCUGGCUGGCGUGCGAGCAGCUGAAGCGCGAGACCAAUCCGGAGAGGAUCGAGGAGACGGCGCGCUUCAUCUACGAGGAGUACAUAUCCAUACUCUCGCCGAAGGAAGUGAGCUUGGACUCGCGUGUGCGCGAAAUAGUGAACCGCAACAUGGUGCAUGCGACGCCGCACACCUUCGACGAGGCCCAGCUGCAGAUCUACACCCUGAUGCACCGUGACUCGUAUCCACGUUACGUGAACAGCGAAUCCUACCGGCGGGUGGCCAGACUCGGCAGCAGACCGCCCAGCCCGACCAACGACGAGCACGGCACGGGCAAAUCGAAGGGUAAGAAAGGAACGACGUAAUCGCGCGUCGAUGCAACGGGGUGGCAGCGGACCAACACACCCUUCGUCUCUUCAGCGGGCAGCCCGACGUAGAACGGGGCCCGCGACGCUGUCAACGCUGGCCGAUGACGGGACCCAGGGGGCAUCGGCGACCGGAGAAGUCGGGCACGGGCGUCGAAACGCUCAGACCUCUCCCAUCGACCAUCUACAUCGGAUAAUCUCGCGAUGAGAUCCCCCGUCGCUCGGGGAUCUCGACGAAACUUCACGAAGCGGCUCGCUUUUUCCGCGCGACGCCAUAUUGGGGCCACGUGACCGCGCUCGCCGCAAAGGCAGCGCACGCGCACGAACUCGACGACGGACCGAACUAACAAGAGAGCAGAUCGAACGGAGAGCAACCGAACGAAGAAACGCAGAACAGAAACGGGGGCGAAAGAAAUAGCGAAAUAAAACGAUCAAAAAGAUAAGAAACGAACGUAAACGAAAACGUUGAACGGCGCGAUCGCGUGGAUCAUUACUGACUCUUCCUUCCAGGACGCUCUUUGGUACGCUCGUUCACGCGACACGGUGGAUCGAAGAUCGGGACACACGCGGCUCGGUCGGGGAUGACGUUCAUCUUUCGAGGAAGUUCCUAAAGUUCAUCGUCCGAAGGUGUACCGCGACUGAUCGACGCCGAGAUGAUCUCUCUCUUUCUCCUUGCUCGACGCGAAACGCUGCGUCUGCUCUCUCCCGCUCGAGCACUUCUCUCUCUGUCACUGUUUUGCUUUCUAUCCCUCCGCUUCACGCCUUCUCCCUCUUCUCGCACUCUUCUACUGUACCCCUUUCGUCGCACGCGUUGGAGGAGGUCUCUUGCACGAAAGUGAUCGAGCAUCAUUGCGAACGGGAUUCGAGAAAACACCUAAGUUCACAGUCGAAUCGAUGAUCUUUCGGUCGAUUCGAGCAAUCCUUUUAUCAAGAGAUCAACUUUAUUUAUAUUUAAUAUUCGAACUCAUCGUCUUCAGUAAUCCAUUCGAUAACAUCUAAAAUUGUUAGACAGUAUUAUCUACCAAUCUUUGUCAAAUUAUUUCAUAUAUUCCGCUGAAAAUGCCCCAAAACAAGAUUGUUCGAAUCGUCCGAAAAAUUAACUUUCUGAAUCUAUUUAAUUUUAAUAAUCAUAUUCAAAUUGUUCGAAAUUUAAAACCCUUUCGAUUCACCCUUCGUUUUUCCGUUGCACGUUCCUCUUUCGAUCGAACAGAUUUCAUUUGCGAUUGGAAUUGUACGCGACGAGCUGAACGCAGAGUUCUCGGCAGCGUGGGUGGCGCUGCGCGUUUCGAAAAAAAGGCGCGCGAAACAGUGACCCGGAGCGCAGGAAGCAACGAACUUUGUUCGAUUAAUCGUUCGAACGCGACGGCCUCCGUUUCGCGAACGAGGCUCCCGCAAACGAAGAAAUUCUUUUCCCGACGUUUCCUCGGCGACGAAAUCGAACGUCGACGGAACCUGAGAACGCCGCUGCGCUCGGGAGAGGGAUUUCAAUUUCGCCUGGUCUUAUUUGUGACACCGUGGCGAGCAGGUGCAGGGACUUCCGCGCGCGAGGAGGUGCUUUGUUCGUUUCGUCACAAUCGCGAUUAACGCAACGGGACCACGAGAAGGGGAGACGUAAUUUAUUAGCGCACGAAAUGGAGUUUCGUUCGCGAAGCAGAUCGAGUACAUUAUACAGCGAGUCUUUCUAACGAGAGAAGCGUCGAUCGACUCCGAGACUAACGAAGUAAAUUCCACGCCGUAAGAACGGACGCAGAAUCCGAAUCUUGCUAUUGCUAUUUUUACUAUUGAUCAUUUUUCACCGAAGGGAACGAGCCACGUUUAUUUUCUUCCCUCAGGAUAACGGGCGGGUACUUAAUCGAGGAUUCGCGAUCCGUGCGAUCGUGGAAGAUCGAACGUAGUUCCGGAGUCGAUCGAAGCUGUCGAGGCUCUCUCAAAGACGCCGAACAAUGGCGGGAAAAUUCGAAUGGUCAAGUUUCGCGGACCGUGUACAGCGACGAUGACUUCAAGUUCACGGACGCGCGAUUAUUUCGCAACGUUCUCGUGGCGUCGAUCGAUUAAUCGAUCGAAACCGUCGGCAACGCGACAUCUCGCUCGUCUUUAAUUCAACGGCGUUCGUUUAAAUGUCCGAGCGCUCGAACAGGCUUUGAAUCGCUCGAAUCGGCUGAAUUUCAUCGACGGUUCGCCGUAAAUAGGUCUCCGCGUUAUCAAUUGAAGGCUGACCCAGACGCGGCACGCGUCUCGGCAACCUAAUUAGCAAUUGAAAUUCGCAAUCGGCCGCCAAUCAUUCCCUUGCACUCUGACUUUUCACCGAUGCCCCCCAUUUGGCGACCUCAUUUUCUUUCUGCUUCCCGUCACGGAGCACAAAGCGUUCGAAUUUCGUGCAACGGUCCUCGACCGGGAAUAAUUGUUCGAGUAACGAAGAGAUUCUUGCAAAUUUUCAUCAGACUGACAGCAAUGGUAGAUAUCGGAGUGCAGGGAUUGAACAAUUCGCAUAAAUUCCACGUCAAGCUCAACGCAUAGCCGAAUCGAGACCCUGUGUAGCAUCGAUUAGAACGAAGCCACCAGUUUUAUCCAACUCUUUCCAAUUGUAACAUCACAGUCUUCCUCUGCUAAAUAUUAAAGACUAGUAUUCGAACAAGUUUAGUUCGCAGGAACAUUUUGAGUCUUGAAAGAUACUUCGUAGACUAGAAAUCGAACGCUCGGGAUUGCCGAAGCAUCAAAAACUGGUGACUUUGCUUCGACUCGCGCGUGAAAAGAAAAUUGAAUUUUCGACAUUCCUCUCGUUCCUUCUCGUUCGACUGAGUGACGAUGAAAAAUGGAAAUGGACAGAGGAGACUCCCGACGACCUUUUUCGACGACGCCCACUGCGUCGCGACGCGCGUCUCUUCGAUUUUACGUGGAUCGUUCGCGACGAGAGCAGGCCGUCAUCACGACGCGUUCGAUGAACGAAGAAAACCGUCGUCCCUGAAGGGCGUACACCUAGUUACUGCCAGCGAGACACACCAAAGGAUCGAAACUCGACUAACUUCGACGACCAACAAAACGAACACGACGGAAACGGUGAAAACAAUGGGUACGAUCUAGUCAGCAUCGAGGACGAUGGCGUCGAUGAAAGGAAAAGGCCUAAGCUUGAAACACUCGGAGCGCGAGUUCGGGACACAUCUGGGACUCGAUCGGCCGCCAUUUUGUCUGCACCGUAUCGCGGGGACAAAAUUUCGGGGCGCGUUUUCGAUCGAAAUUACUACCGAUUCUUUCUUCGCGAGAAAAUCUAAUUCUAAUGUUAAUUACCGAUGAAAUUCGUACUUAACUUUAAUACUAAAUUCAUUUUCGGAUUGCACUUUUAAUAGAAAAUUUAUUUCCUAGUUUCUAAGACAUGGAACUUCGCGUUUCUUGGAUAAAAUCGAACGAGCCUCGAAGUUUGUCCCCGAUUCGACAGCGUUUUCGCGCGGAACGUUUAAGUUGCUCGUUGCCGACGUCUCGUAGAAGAGAUUCAGUAUACCGCCACGUUCUAUUGGAAGGUAAUUCGUCCACCUUCGUUUCUACGCACCCGAUCGUGGCGUUUGUUCGAAUCGAACGCCACGUGACGUCCUUAAUCGACCAAAUUAGUGGACCUCGUUUUAAUGUUACCUCCCGAAGAAGGCGAAUAAACGGCGCGAUUCUUUCGUCUACGAACCGGAAACGAUACGAAUUUAAGCGUGCCUCGCGAUCGUGCGUCGCGCACGCGCACACGUAACACACGCACACGACCAGUCACGUGAUCAGGGGCUCCCCCGAACUGCACAGCUUUACCAUUUACCAAAGAAACGAACAAUGAAAGCUCAUAGGUACUUGAUUUAAUACUUAUUGCUGAUUCGUCGACGAUUGUUGCAUACAGGGUGUUGAAAAAGAAGCGUUCUGGUCUUGGAGGGCAUUUAAUAAUCGUUGAAACGCGUAAAGCUAUCUUGGUAUAUUGACUGCCUCGUCGACCGAGCAAUUUUUAUCGAGUUCUGAUAUAUCCUGAGUUCAAGUAUUCAAGUUUACGUGCCCUCUAACGGUGAAUCCUUUUCUUUCGAUAGCUUGCGUAACCUUAGUUAGCUAAUUUAAACGAUCAUGCUGUGAUCUACCUUCUAAGCGAGCGUCGUAAUUUAUUGUUUAUACGAUUAUUUCGUUUAAAAUAGGCUAAGUUAUAAUCCUACGGUUAUAAUUAGAGAUUUCAGUUUUCGUUGCACCAAAGUCGAUGGCGAACCAUUCUCACUGUUCUUAAAAUUAAGAAAUCAAAAGAAUCAAAUGUCACACGGAGUACUUUCUACGGUUCCUCGAGCUUGUCGAUUACGCUUUACACCAAAAGAAAUAAACGGGGGAGAUUGAAAUCGGUCCCUUGGCCACGCGACUGCGCACAAAAUCGCUCGAAACUCGUCGAAUCGCCGACGCUUAGGGGGAAAAGGAUCGAUCGAUUCUCGCGGGAUCGAUCGACGAAGGAAAAGCGAAAAUCGUCGGGCGAGCCGAUCGCACAAGCGGGAAAACCAAGUCGCACAGUCAGUCACAGCGUUUGGCUACUGCCCUGUAGAUAAUAUUAUAGAUAGUUACACGACGACGAUGGCGGAUAAAACUAAUUAUACAUGCAAAUAUAUAAAUAUACAUAUAUAUAUAAAUAUAAAAGAAAAAAAAAGGAAG